UAACGAUAAAAAUCUUCACGCUCUUUCGAAAAAAUGUCGAAAGUCACCCAAAUCAUCAACUCAGUAUCUCGUUCUGUUACCAUUCGAACGUAAAGUGCUCCGUAAAUUCAUCUUGUUUUGUGCCAAAAACAUUUUUGUGAAUGAUUCGCGAAACGGCUUACUGUGCAAUUACCUGAGAAAAAGUGAAAAAUUAUCGAGACACAUCUCGAGUGCGUCCGUUUCUUCGAAUUUCCGAAAAUUCAUCGGAUUUUUUUUUCUCAUUUUGCAGCAUCCACACAAACAAUGGACGAAUCCAAACGAGACGAGCUUAUGAAAAAAUUGCAAUCGCGCGCUGCAAACCGAAUCCAAAUGCAACAACCACUCAAUCUCAAUCCACUUUCGAGCAGCGGUUCAGCUACGGGCAAUCCUCGCAACAAAACGGCACUCAAGCCCGGGCAUUCGCUCAUGGAUUGGAUACGACUCGGCAGCUCGGGUGUCGAUUUAACAGGUACUGGCGGUGUAAUUACCGCCGUAAGUCAUGCGGAACUCGCAAAACACAAUAAACCGGAUGACUGUUGGAUUGCGUUGCGUGGUCGUGUUUAUAAUGUCACGCGGUAUAUGGAUUUUCAUCCGGGAGGAGGCGAAGAACUAAUGCGUGGCGCAGGCAAAGAUGCAACCGCGCUAUUUGACUCCGUGCAUGCCUGGGUAAAUUACGAACAACUUCUCUCGAAAUGUCUCGUUGGCCCGUUACGCAACACCGUCACAAUUGACUUUAGCAAUAGUCGAAAAGCAAGCAGCAAAAAACUCGUGGGACCAGAUAAGAGUGAAAAUGCCGCCGAUGCGCCAACUACAGUGCCCGCGGACAAGAAAGAAAUUGUGCCGCGCUUCGAUUGGAUCCAAAAGACGGCAGAUAUCGUUUUGACUUUUUACACGCGCGCCUUAUGCAAUCCCGGGCUAAUCGUCGAGUGUCAUCACGCCGAUGCCAAAACGUUCAGCAUCCGUGUUUUUGUGGAAGAUGUCACGCAUUUAUUUAAAAUUACAUUUUUUGCCGAUGUACGAUGGCCAUGCACGAUACGACUAUCGAGCGAAACAGGUAAAAUAGAGUUGUUAUUCAUGAAAACUGAACCAAAUCUUUGGACGAGUUACGGCACGAUGGAACGAGAAAAAAUCACCGAUUUAGAUAGCAAAAUGUACGAAUAUGACGUACAAGGACGUGAGGAACUGACACACGAUUCGCGUGCUUUGUUACUUACCGCCAAGGAAAAAGUGCAAAUGAUCACUCCAAUCGGGUUUCAUGUAAAUUUGACAGCGAACAUCAAUGGCUCUAAUAUAACACGGAGUUACACUCCGAUUCCUCGUACGUUCUCGCCGCUCAAUGGAACGCCCGGAAAUAUCCCGUUACUCGUAAAAUCGUGUGGUGCCUUAUCGCAAUACAUAACAAGAUCCCUUCCGUUUGCCAGUCAAUUGAAAGUCUCGCGACCGAUGGGCACGUUUCAGUUGACGAGUGUCAAGGAUCAUCGGAGAUUUGCCCUUCUUGCGGCAGGAAGCGGAUUAACGCCGAUGUUGACGUUGAUGGAAUACUUGUUGAAGCGAAGUACAAACAAAGUUGAGGUUAUUCAACUUUUAUAUUUUAACAAAACGGAGGCUGAUGUUUGGUGUCGUGCAACUAUUGAUGCUUUAGUUGAAAAGGAAGAUCGCUUAAUCGUACGUCACAUCCUCUCGUCGCCAUCCGAAUCAUGGACCGGCGAAUCAGGUCUCGUCUCAAAAGAGCAAUUAACAACGUUAACUGACACCAAAAAUCCGAAUCACGUUACCUUCAUAUCGAUUUGUGGUCCCGUGCCCUUCAAUAACUUGUGUUCGCAGUUCCUACGUGAGAUUAAUUUCAAGCCCGACAACAUUCACUUCUUUCAAGGAUAAAUCCCCUCGGUGUGCUGAGUAGAUGGAUGUUUGAUGGGAACCUACAGCAUUUUAAUGAAAUAAUAAUUUGUAAUGACGAUGGAGAAAAAAAAAGUGUGUGUGUGCGGUAACGGAUGUGAAAGCAGAGAUUAUCAAAGCAGAAUUUUUCCUUGUAGAGCAUCACACAACGGCACACUGUCAGUCUGAAUUUCAUUUUCAAUUAAUCAUUCUGUUCACGUGUUUUUUCUACAAUUUUAUUUUAUUUUUUCCCUUCUAUCAGGAUGAUACAAAGUAGGUAGUAUAUAAGCAAACGAGGCAUUUCUAUUUCUACUAUACCGUUAUUUAUGAGAAACUAUUCAUUAUUUUUACUACUGUGAGAUGAAAAAAGAGAAAAAAUCUAUAUAUCUGAAAAGAAAGAAGAAGUAAAUAAA